AUGUCUCAGCCAGUGGACUGGCGACGCCGCCCUAUAGCAGGAGGACACUUGUUGCAGGGCGCGCCGUUCACGUGGCGGUGGGUGCGCGCCUGGUGCGCGGCGUGGUGGAGCUCCAGCCGCGAGGAGGAGUGCGCGCCCGACCUGGAGGACACGCCCAGCGACAUGGGCUACGCCACGCCCGUCAGCGUCGAGACGCCGCUGCAGUCCAGCGUGUCGCGCUGCACCUCGCUCAACGUCAUCCGAGACCCCUUCAGCGCGGUGCACACGCCCACGCGCCACGGCCACGCCCACGCCGGCCGCCUCGCCGCGCGCUCCGUCUCCAGCGACUCGGUUUACACGAUCUUGAUACGGCUGCCGCCGGACUCGGCGAGCUGCGACUCGACGGCGGACCAGCCGUCCAUCAAGAUGAUCGCGGACGACGCGGCGGCGGCGGCGGCGACGCUGACGCCGCUGCGGGGGCGGGCGGCGGCGGCGCGCGCCGACAGCGGCGACUACUCGCUGAGCCUGCACCCCGCGGGCGCGCCCACGGCCUUCCCGUCGCCCGCCGCGGCGCGCCGCCCCUCGCACAUGCCCGACAUCCGCAUUCCGCUCAACGCCAAGAUCAUCCCCAAGCAGCUGGCGCCCGGCUCCAAGGCGCUGCUCACCAACGCGGGCCCAAAGCUGCAGCAGCACCCCAAGAAGAAGAAGAAGACGCAGGAGAAGAAGGCCGACAAGAAGGCGGCCAAGACGCUCUCCGCCAUCCUGCUCACCUUCAUCAUCACGUGGACGCCGUACAACAUUCUAGUCCUGCUCAAGCCUCUGACCGCUUGCACCGGGUGCAUACCGGAAGAAUUGUGGGAUUUUUUCUACUACUUGUGUUACAUCAACAGCACCAUCAACCCCGUGUGCUACGCUCUCUGCAACGCGUCCUUCCGGCGCACCUACGUCCGUAUUCUGACGUGUAAAUGGCACAACCGCAACCGGUGCGCAAUGAAUCGCGGAUUCUACAACUGAUAGGAGCCGAACAGGGAGGCGCUCCAGAUGCGCACUCCCGU